AUGGCAGAAGCAUCUGUUUUUGGGCAGGCACAGGCUGCUGUAGAAUAUCUGAGACCUCAGUUACCAGAGGAAUUCCAAAAGCCUCGAGUUGCUAUUAUUUGCGGCUCUGGUCUUGGUGGUCUUGCUGAUACUAUAGAUCCCAAGACAAAGCACGAAUUUGAUUAUGGCUCCAUCCCCAAUUUCCCCAGCUCGACUGUUCCGGGACAUCUGGGAAAACUUGUCUUUGGGUAUCUAGGAUCUAAGAUCCCGGCCGUAUUGAUGGUUGGGAGAGCCCACUUUUACGAGGGACAUUCAAUGCAAAAGGUUACACUGCCAGUGCGUAUAUUCAAGCUCCUUGAAGUUGAGACAGUAGUUGUAACAAAUGCAUGUGGAGGGCUGAACCCCGACUAUGUUGUAGGAGACGUGGUCGUGCUCAACGAUCACAUAUUCCUUGCCGGCGUGUCGGGAGCUCACCCCCUGCGAGGACCAAAUGCCGAAGAGUUCGGAACUCGCUUCCCGCCGCUCUCCGAUGCAUAUGAUUUAGAUUUGCGCCGAACAGCUCAUCGAGCCUGGAACAAAGUUGUGGCCGCAGAGUCAAAGCGACGCAUCCAUGAAGGAGUAUAUGCAUACUGUUCUGGCCCAAGCUUCGAGACUCGAGCUGAGUGUCGGAUGAUGAGGAUGUUGGGUGCUGAUACAGUUGGAAUGUCGACUGUACCGGAAAUCAUUGUGGCACGGCACUGUGGUAUGAAGGUGCUGGCCCUGAGUCUGGUGACGAACAACUGUGUCUUGUCACCGGUACCUCGUGGUGAUGACCAUCUGCUUCAGAAGUCGACGACAGAAGAGCUCAACACCAUUAUCGAUGAAGGCAAGGCCAACCAUGAGGAAGUGCUGGAAGCUGGUCGACAGGCUGCGUCAGACAUGCAGAAACUUGUCUCGCAAGCCGUUGAGGAUAUGUUCGCUCAAUGA